UUUUGUAAAAUAUAUGCACAAAAUUUUCUGAUCAUUUAAUAUAAUUUUGAAAUUUAACGUUGUAGUCGACAUGACCGAAUCAAAAAUAACUCUAAAUGCUCAAUUUUUUGAUGAUCUAUGGCCGUUAAUACUAGACGAUAAUAUAUGUGAUACCAAAAGUACUCACAAGUCUCAGUUUUUUGAGCCAGUAAAUCGUUUUGACUUUCUGUGGGCUAAUAAUUUAUUAGCGACUAAAGGUUACAAGGAUUUUCGCAAAGCUAUUGAAUUUCGCCACUUCCAUGAAGGUGUUAAAGCCGACAGCGAUGAUGAGCAGGGUAAAGAUGAUAUAUCAACAAUAGAGUAUCCGGGUUAUGUAGAAUAUAAUGGUGAUAGUUAUCAAAUUGAAAAAUUUCGUUGGUUACAUGAAUGGCGUAAAGGUGUUGCGGCUGAUUUCGCAAAUAGAACAUUUCCCUGGUACAAGGCAAUUCCAUUUUAUGCGAAAGAAAUCGUUAUCACCAAUGAUGAUAUUAAAAAAUUUCACGUACCUUUUGAGAAAAGCAUAUUUGAGAAAAUUCUUGAUUUCAAAUGCAAGGUAAUGAUCAUUGAUGCGGGUAAAGAUGUCGGCAUUAACGAUUUCCAACGUUGGUUGAAGUUUAGUGCAUAUAUACAAAUUAUUCUUAUUAUACGUUGUAAGUUAUUGGCAACAUACUUGGAGCCACUAAACAUUUUCAAAAUUAUUGUAAUUGAAGAAAAUCCGGAUUUCAGUUGGCACCGACAACUAACAGCUUCUUUACGUAAUGGUCACAAUUACGCUGUUGAAAAUGAGCUUGUUAAAGAUUUCACAACUCCAAUUAUAUUCAUCUUCUCAAGUGCACGCGGAUUUUGUUCAUGUGACAGCUUCAGAGUCAUAAAAAAAUUAUAGAAUAUCAUGAGCAAUACGAAUGCCACCAGUUAAAACGUUACUUUUGAAUUCAUAAGAACUUUAAUUGUGGUUUGUCUAUAACAAUGCAUAUAUUUAAUGU